UUAAAAUAAGUCGUCGAAGAGCACGGUGAGGCGAAAUCGGGCUGCGCAUUUUACGGAUUCGAUCGUCCUCCGAGAUCGUCGAGAUCGCAACUUCUUCACGGGAUCGUUGCGAAUGGUAGAAGGCCAGAUGACGGUGAACAAUAAAGUUGCGGUUAAGGAGAGAACGAAACAAGGAGGAAGUCAACAGGCAUGUCGCAACAAUCGUAGAAAGGACAAUGCUGCGGGCUCGCUAUCCCCUUCGAAAAUGGCGAUGCCGACCAGCCGCAACUUCGGCAACUGUUACAUGGAGCUGUGCAAGCAGCAGCGUCUGCGGCCUCUGCCAGUGAUCUGCGUGACCCUGCCGCACAACCUGGACUUUACGACGGAUCGCGUGAAGAUGGACGAUUGGGGCCCAAUCUUGAACUCGUUGUCUUUCGAUCGUAGCUUAAAAUCGAUCAGUGUACGUAGCAGGUACCAGUGUCGCAAGCCGCUCGAGGAAAUCAACUCCGAGGAUAAAGCCAGGACGAUGGGCAAAGCACCGGUCGUGCUGUCCCGCUAUCUUCUGGAGUGGAUGUCCCACAGCGUCGGCCAGUGCGUCCGAAACUCUCCGGUCUUGAUCAGCCUCGAGCUGGAGGGCAUUCCGUUUCCGCCAGACUGUUUGACGGUCCUGUGCGUGGGCCUGUCGCACACCAAGACACUGCGCUACUUGUCUUUCCAGCGGUGCUACAUCGGCGACGUCUCCUGCGAGGUGCUGUGCCGCACCGUGGCCGACAUUCCCAGCAUCAGAACAUUGAACCUCGGCUCUUGCGACCUGACGUGCAAAUGCGGCCCCGUCUUGGCGGCUGCUCUGUCUCGGCAGAAGCUGUCGCUCUACCACGACACCUGGCAGCAAUCGCUGCGCUACCAGGAGCCGAACCUGGAGGCGAUGCCGGGACUGCGCCGCUUGACACUGAACGACAACCCGCAACUGGGUGACGCUGCGGUCAUGGAGAUCAUCGAGGCGAUUAGAGACAGCCUGUGGCUGAAGGCGGUGGACAUGCAACGCUGCGGGCUGACGGACAAGAUCGCGAAAGACUUGUUCGAGCUGCUCGAUUACAACACCACGCUGGUCGUGCUCGAUGUCAGACAGAACGCGAGUCUGAACGAGGAUCUGUCGAAGCAUAUCAUGAAGAGGCUGGGGGCGAGCAACGCGGAUACGAAGUCCGAGUACAGGUGGCUAGGCUCGUCCGAUCAGAGUCGAAGAGUGGUGUCAGCGGGUAGUGGGAAGCGGACCGAGAGCGAGAACAAAACGCUGGUGAGACCGCGCAGUGCUAUGACGGAGUACGCGAAGAGACCGUGCCAGGGGCCGCCUAGGAACGCGAUCAGUUUAACGAACAACGCGAGAAGGGCGAAGUUGAGACCACAGGUACCCCCUUAUAAGAACUCGAGCGCCCAGCGGCGGCAAGUGGACCAGCAGCAGGCUGCGCAAAGCGUUGAAGCGAAGCAGAAGGUGUCCCUGCACUUGGACCUCCGAUCACAUAUUCAAUCGGUAAUGGGAGAAGCAAGCGGGAACACCGCGUGCGACGAGACGUUCGACGGCAGUGCCCAGCAGGAGACCGAUAGAACAUCGUCGAAGAACGUUGACCUGGGCAACGGUCGAGGGACUAAAGUCGACGCGGCGACGCAAAUGGCGGACGAUCUGGACUUCGAGAGCUCUGCUAGGAUUCGGAUGAUCGAGGUGCAGCUGGCUGAAGCGAAGGCGGAGCACGAGCGUCUGUUAGAGGAGACCAAACGAAGCGGUCGUUUGCUGGUCGAGGAGCGCGACCGACGCGAGGAGGCUGAGUUCGAGCUGAACGAGAUGAAGAAGAACCUGGUCCAGCUGGAGGUCGCUCUGAAGGAGAAGGAGCAGGAGACGAGCGGCUCCGCAAUGCUCAGCCAGCAGUCCAUGGGGGAGAUCUGCGGAACGUUCCAGCGUCUGCUGAAUGUGCUGGAUAGCGUAACCAGGAAUCCGAACAGGAAAGAGACGGCUGUGGAUGCUUUCGCGAAGGAUGACGUGAAAAGGUGUGUCAACUCCGUCAUUCGGCAUACCAAGUCGGAGAACCUGAGGCGCGGCUUCACGGCCGACGUUAACGAGGAAGACUCGGUGAACGAAUACACCGAGCCCGUGAAGAAGUUCGCCAAAUCGGAGAGCGACAUGAGAUCGACUUUGCCACCGUUGUAUCUCGAGAGGAACAUUGGAGACAGCCCAGAGAUACGAUCGCCUUCGCUGGACGGUAGAAUCCUGCGCCAUGAAAUCGAAGGCGGUUUGAUGUCCCCGCGGAAGAGAGCCAGGGCAUUAUUCGCUCAGAUCCUUCGCGGGGACGCCGUUGUUGAGUUCUCUGCUAACGCGGAUUAGAAACGGCGAAUGCUCAACGAAGGAGUUCGCGAAGGGAUCCGAGUUUUCUAGGAAAAUAUAUAUUUCUUUUUUACUUCUACGGAACCGUGCAAAUAAAAGACAAGUAUAUUUGAGUGAAAAUGUCGAAAUAGUCGUAGAAUAAAUGUAAUGGUAAAGUAAGAAAAUGGCAAAACAGAGCGAGGGUGGGAAAGAAAAUUGAUAGAUCGGGCAUCGGUCUUCCGAUUUUCCCGGAGCAGAAUCAAUAGACUUUCAAUCGUGCGCCAAAAUGGGCCGCAGAUCGAUAAUUGCUGAAUUAACGAAUGAACUGCGGCGUGAACUAUUUAUAUUGCCACAUUUUUCUUAGCUGCAUUAUUGUAGACUGAAUAAACGUCAUUUACU